AUGAUCAAAGGCCUCGGUCAGGAAGACCUGUAUGAAGUCGAGACAAUGAAGACAGUCAAGUACAAGAAAGAGGAUGCGUUUUCCAACCACCCUAUCAAAGAUCUUGCUGCUACCCUUGAUGACUAUUCUCGAAUCGACAAUGGAGCAACUGGCGGCAAUACCAUCAUCCGCGAACUGUUUGUUGUUCUACUACAAGCAGAAACUGAGAGACAUGCGGCGAACACCGCAUGGCAAAUGGCCAACAUCAGUUUGCCAACAUCAAACAUCCACGAGGUCGCUGCCAAUGGGCACCAUAUGGCCCCAUAUAACCAGCGGCUGCGCUCGAGGCGUGUUGGGCAGCACUGA